UCAACUGGUUCACAAACAGCUGCCAUUGAAACAAGAUAGCAAAGGGAAGCGUACCAUUUAUAAAAAAAACCCCAGCGUAUACUACAAUGUCAAAUUGACAACUAAACUACAUUUUACUAAUUUUAAGCAUUUAUGAUGUCUUUACUAAAUGUUUUGUUGCAGUCAAGAACAAUUUUUACAUCAGGUUAUAGCCAUGAACUCCAAAUUGGUGUGCUAAGUCCAUUUUGUCAGUUUAUUCGAUGGAGAAAACCAAGAUGGGUACCGAAAGCUAAAAGCAAAAUCUUUUACGUGCGCAAACCUACACCAAUCGACCCAGAGGAAAACUCCGAAUUAAAACUGAGAUAUGCACAUUAUCGAACACAUGUUCGCGCAAUCAGACACUACUUGUCAGUGUCGAUGCUUGAACGCACCCAGCAGAAGAUGGUGGAUGAUGAUGUGGAACAGAGGGAACAUGAUGAUAUUGCGUGGAUGAUUGCGGAAAAUAACACAUGGAAUGAACAGUCGGCUAAAUUCAGAGAAGAAAGGCUGGUUGGAGAGACAAUGAAAAAACAACUAAAACUGCAGCUUAAAGCUGACAGAGAGAUGGCACAGAAACUCAACAUGAUAGAGAAGGCACAGAAACAACUACAGAAGGAAAUUGAAGCCGCUGAAUCGCACAUUUCUCUCGACAAUCUUGACCUAGAAAUUGAAAAACUUUUAAAUCAAAGAAAAGAUUACAAUUUUGCCAUCGAUACCCGUGGUAAGAUCAUAUCAAACGAGGACAGACAUCCUCCUGAGCCGAGAGAUAGUUCCAACAGCGUGAAGACAAAUCAACCAUAAAUCUUUAAUCCGUGAUAUGACAGACUUAAGCAAUGUAUUUCGUGUGAUCAGACAAAACAUUUGUGCUUCAUGUCCUUUAAAAGGGACUGGCCCGCGUGUGUUUCUAUUGUGAGAUAUCUUUUGAGUACCGGUAACAGACUUUUUGAUGACUAAAGAAACAGGAUGUAGCUCAGUCGGUUGAGUGGUCGCUUGAGUUGCUUACAUCGCAGGAUCGGUGGAUCCAUUCAACUGAUUGGGGGUUUUCUCGUUUCAACCAGUGCACCACAACUGGUCAAAGGCCAUGGUAUGUGCUUUCCUGUCUGUGGGAAAGUGCAUAUAAAAGAUCCCUUUGGAAAA